GCAUCUUCGGUUACCCGCACUUUAGUGAGUUACGAACCGCAUGCAAGUGCACGUCGGUAGUGUGGUAUCGGUGGAUUCCGUUCACGUUUUUCCACGUUUCAGCGUCCAAAUAUAUUCCUGGACGCCGUUGUCGUCUCCGUCUCGAAUACCUCGUCACGAUCCGUCACGUACAACCGCGUUUCCAUUCGAUCCACGGUUAUUACGCUACCAGAGCCAAAGAAGGCCAUUUCGUGCUGUUGCUUGCCUGCGCGUUUCGUUUCGUGACAUUUAUCCAAGCACCGUGUGCUGCCAGAAACGGGGGAUUCUUUGAGAGUUUCAGAGAAAGGAGAACGAUGCCUUUCUCGUGAGAGGCUUUCGCGGAGUAUUCGAACAUCGGGACGGGAUCUCGCGUGUGGGUCCGUCCACGUUGUUACUGUUUACGAAAAAGGCGAAACGAGAGUUAUCGCGAGAACGCGGGAAGUAUGCGUGUUUUCCCGUAAGUACGUGAAAACCGCGCGAUAACCACCUCUUCGUGAUGAAACUGUGUAACGCGAUUCAGCUAAUAGUGUAACGUACUUAGUGAUAUAUCGCGACAAUAAUUCCGGUUAUAAGUUUCAAUCAUUGAAUCGGUUAACUGUGCUCCGGCGACAGCUUGAAAGGGAACUGUGACAGUGCGACGAAACAAGAUAAGGAACUUUCAAUAAACUGACGAACGUUCUACUACAACAUUAUUAGAAUUCCACUUCUGAAAAAAGAACAAUGUCCGAACUCAACUCCGUGCAAAUAUAAAGACGACAGCUUAUCAAUGAGCCGUCUGCUACCAGGCGCAUAUUAAGAAUCGUUUUUUUCCUGUGAUACGCAGACUCUGGACACAGAGUCACAAACGGUUGAAAAACGGAGGGGUACAACAAAGUGGCCAGCUUGUCGGCCCAAGAGCCGGCGAGUGAGAAAAUGUCCGACACUUCGGACGUUUCUAAGGACGGUAUAGAGAAUUGGAGCGUGGUGGGUUCCAUGCGGUCAGACACGAAUCAGCCCAAGAACAAGGUGAAAAAUUGUGCGCGGUGCCGGAAUCACGGGCUAUAUAUACCCCUCAAGUCGCACAAGAGGUUCUGCAAGUAUCGUAACUGCGUCUGCGAUCAGUGUUUCGUUACAUUCGCGCGGCAACGAGUUACGGCGGUUCAAAUUGCGUUAAGGAGAGCGGUGGAGCAAGAUGAAGUGAAAAUUAAAUUGAAGGGAGAGGUCGAUCCGCUGCCAGUCGGUUUGGAGUUUCCUUUUACCAAAAACUUGUCGGUAUUCCCGGACGGUACGAACAUCACCAGUCCUGCGUCACAGGCACAGAACAAUGUGAGGGUCACAAGACGUGGUAGACGUGGUAGACGUGCCAUUGAACGUACACGAAAGACUGCUGAUGGGUACAGCGUAGAGCUCCUACUUGAUUACAGUACCAGGCUUCUAACACUAUAUCAGUUACCUUGGAAUUGUCUACCGCUGAUGUACAUCUCCUUGAAAUAUGCAGGGGCUAAUCUUGAAGAAGUGAUGAAACGUAUCGACGAAGCCGUCGAACCGAAAAUUUUUUCUUGGGACACCAGUUUGAAUAAAAUUAUUCUUUUUUAUAUGAAACUAUUACCAAUUUGAAAGUUUCGCGUAUAGAAACAUUAUCGACGCUCUUGCUUGAUGAAAUUGUUUUUACAAUAUUCCUCUAAAUAUUUCUGAGGUUCGCGUUAAAACAGAUAAUAGUUGACAAGUUCUUUCGAUUAAAUCUCAUUUAAGAAGUGACAAAAAUAUUCAUUACUGAUGCUGACGGUUCAACGAUUGGAAGAUUUUUUUCACUGUCUCGAAAGUUUUUCAAAUGUAACAUCGAAUGCAACGAAAUUGGCAAUGUAUGACAAUAGUAUUCGUCGCUGCGUGAUCUUGCUACAAUCCUGAUAUUAAUAUCGCGCGGAUUUUGUCGAAUGCUCUCAUUGAAAUAUUAAUAGGCCAGAAAUCAAUCCAUCUGUUUCAAGAAAUGGUCUCUGCCAAUUCAUAAUACAUUUUCGACGCAUAGUUAAAUAGCCGUUACCCGAAAAUAUAAUUUAGAGUUGGCGUUCGGAAUUGUUGCAGCAAAUAAAUAUAUAGACACAUACAAACUUCCAAGCAAAGACAGGAUGAGUAAUUGUUAUUGGCCAGGUUAACAUACAUAGUAUAAUAGUGUUCCGGAAUGUUCAGACGUUGCAACUUCUUGAUCCGUGCCAAUCUCGUUGUCGUUCGCUUUACAUUUUGUGCAACUCACGGAAAAAGGCGUCCGCGUUCUUGUUGAAAAAUUCGCGAAAUUCGUCGUGCUCAAAGAUCGCUCAGGAUAAAACAUAAAUUCUUCAUGGAUUGUUUUCUCAACACUCGAAGAUUUUCUCUUGAUCUACACUGAAGAUUUAUAUCAGCAUCUAGAAGAUGUACAAUUGUACGCUCAGAUUAUGUUAUUUUACAUACACGCGAAGAUUCGUACAAAAUUUGAGUCAAUCUCGGAUUGGAUUCACCUCAGUUACCAAGCUCACGAGGAGAUCCGCAUGAUGCAGUUCUGGAAGACGAUCAAGAUGGUCCAGCCUAAUCAGAUGUACUACUACACGACGGCAACGUACGCGCCACCACCACCACAAGCGGAGGCUCCGACUUACGAGGGAGAGGUGCCCUACAUAGGGGUAACACCGCCUCCGAAUCCUGCUCACCGAACGCUGUACACGCAUCCCUUGCACACUCACGUACCGACCGCCAGCGUAUCGUCCAGCACGGACGGAUCCAGCCCCCCGGAACAUUCUACGUAGCCUCGAUCGAUUACCGAUCAGUCGAUAAAGUAAAGCGUCUGGAAGAACAGGUCGAAUCCAAAGAAGAAUGACGCCCAUGUGAUAUGCUAGCCUGGAAAGAGAGAAGGAACAUUUGGGGGAGACAGCCGCGCCCUGUUCGUGGAGCAGCAGCGCGUUCUCUGUUUACCAUCCUGGUCAUCGUCGCUGCCUGGUGAUACGAAAUUACGAAAUUCAUGAUUAAUUUACUCUUAACUAUGCGUAUUCUUAGUUAUGCGUAUACCAGGAAUUAACUACGGGCUCCGUUGUACAAUUCAUUUGCGGCGCGUUUCUUUUUGGCUUCAUCCGCGAACGAAUCGGAACCGCGGCGACAGAUGCUGAGAGGUCUUAACUUUCGCGUCGUGCCGAUUUGAGAUUGGGAUACGAACGGGGGAGAUUGUUGGGGAGAAUCCGAUGCCCGAAGGUUCUCACCGUUCGAACAGCAGCGUCGCGAUUCGAAUUCGUGUUACGAUUACAAAAGAGAUCCAGCCGCAGACAAAUGAUAGAGAGGAAAGUCAAGAGCGUGCGUGUUCUGUGUGAGCGUUAUGUUCCCCAGGUUUCUCCGCGUUAUUGUUUUUGUCUUUUUCCUACGCUGAACCGAGAGAACAAGAAAAUCACGAACGUUUUUGUGAGCGGUUCGCGAGAUGCCGGGGUUCAUGGACGGUAUGUACCUCGGGCAUCCCUCGUCCUUGCACGUCCUUCGGUUCGUUGAUCGAAUCUGCCACCUUCGCUCGCUUUCUGUCUAUCUUCCUUUCCGUGUCCCUCACUCCCUCCCUCCCUUUGUUUCUUCUGUCUACCACUUCUCAAAUAGUUAUUUCCGUUGAACAUUUUCCUCCCGAGCCGCGUCUUCCUCUUCUCUUUCUUGCUUUAUCACGUACAGAUUCGUACUAGCUUCGGCACUGGACAUCGGAUAGAGAGAGAGAGAGAGCGCGCAGCGCGUUGUUAACAUGCAAAGCAAGCCAACCGGUUAGAGCCCAGUCGGCUGUGAUUGAGGACCGUUCGACGGUCUUCCCCGAUGAUCAAGUGUCGUCGCGUGCUGUCAACCUCGCGCCCACGACCGUCCCGGCUAUUAAAGUAACUGUAUAAAUCUCGAUCCCAUCCACUUGAUUCUAUUCUCAGUUACCUGUUCCGUAAAGAAUGGGUUCGACGAGAAUCGACAGGCAUGCUGUGGUUUUAACAAACCGAGUUUUUGAAAAACCGUAUCCGCUGUAUACUGCCUAGAACUCCUCGCUGUUUUCCACCACACAGGAUUUCUCGUUGAUCUCGGUCUGCUCUUAAUCCUCGCGUAUGGCCCAUCGAUGCCGAGCGGACGCUUGUAAAUAAACGCGACGAAACAUUUCUUGACGCGAGAUCUGUACGUGUACAUACCAUGCGGAUUGGACGGUGCCAAGCAGCUUUCGAUUGGCAAAGAAUGUGUAGGUGCCCGCGAUCGGAUAACGUGCACGUGCACGGGUAUUAAGGGAUCCCAUUAUCAAGCGAGUCCUCUUGUCGAUUGUCAGCGACCGAUCUCGUCCAUCAAGCCGGGGGAAUAUAAAGAAGGUAGCGAACAGAAAUGAAUCACGAUAUCUUGUAUAAAUCUGAAUCGAAAACAGUGCGUGGAUCGAGCAAAGUCCAGACGGUUAAAACGCCUCUGCAGAAUGUCCGGAAGUGGAGCUGCGUCCGUUUAAUAAGCGCACUCUAUAGCGCGUCUAUAGUAAGAAUAAUGAGCGUUCCGGGAUCGUUAGCCGCUAUCUGUAUCACGUUCGCUUCUUGAAUUCGUCAUGGAGCGAGGAACGUGUAUCAAAACAAGAAAGGAGGAUUCGACGUACGUCGGAAUGGGAGAGAUUGGGUGAGUAUUCAUUUUGCGUUUGUUAAAUGGAAGCGUUUCGCCUCUACUGUAUAUUUAGCUGCAUGUAUGAUCCAACGUAAUCUAGUAACGUCCACGUAGGCGUUAAGACUUCAUUUUUUAACGUGUCGACGGAUUAGAUUGUUCCUGGAGAUUUGGGACGCAGGUAAUCGGCCCAAUUGCCUGUGUUCCGAACAUCCUUGUCUAUAUAUUUGAAACUAAUCUAGAUAUAGCCCAUUAACUGGCUAUCUGCUAUACGAAUCGUGGAAUGACCGUGUCACUUGUUGCAAGAUAAAGAAAUUUCGAAUUUAAAAUCGACUUUCAAUAAAAGAAUUUAAUAACGUUGUAUGUGGUAUACUCGAUUUAUACACGGGUAUGAAUUUAUGAAAUGAGCUUCGAUCUGACGGACUGACUGUGGCUCUAUGUAGCGUAGCCUUUGAACGGCCAACUAUCAUUUGUGUUAGUCGGACAAGAAUCUAUUCUCCUUUUUGCACGAUCGGCAAAAGUUUAAUUAAACUGCGCGAUCCCGCUAAUUUCCGUCACCGUCAUUUGAGCCUGGAGGUUUUUUUGCACGUUAUGCGAAUGAUGUUACACAAAAUUGGGCUAGACGCGAAAUCGAUUCACUUAAACCUGAUCGAAUUUCCUUGUUCUCGCCAAUCGUGCAGUUUAGCCCCUUCGCUAGUGAGGUGGAAGUCUUAUUACUUUACUGGUGAGGGUUGCUAUUACUUUACUCUGACAAUUGCGUCCUUGAAUUUUUAUAUAGAUAUAAAUAUAUUAUAAGCAUAUAUCAGUACAUGUAUAUGUAUGUUUUCUUUCCGAAAAAGGGUGCAAAUCUUUUUAAUAGAUAUAUACAGUGAGAAUAAAAAUUGCUUUCCUAAUCACCUAAUCAUACAUCUGUUUUAUAUUCGUACGUAAGAAAGAAACGAAAUAAUAUUCAAUGGAAAUUAGUCGACGUACGUUACACGUGCAACGUUUUAACUGGAUUCAGUGUGGCUGGAACGAUUAUUAAUAAAUUAUGGGUAAAAUCUU